UUUCCACUUGCCUCUUCCGCAGUCAAUAUUUGGUAUCGGUGCAGUGUGGUUGUGUCUCCUACAUUAUAGGUUACACAACCCACCUUGUGUUAGUGAAAUAAUUAUAUAAAAACAAAAAAAAAUCAUAAAAUCAUUAAAAAUAACAAAAAAAUAGAAAAAUAUUUUAAAAAUUGAGUGUCGAACAAGCGUAAAAGUCGUGUCUUCCAAGUGUCUGCUAAAGCGUGGUGAUUUGAUUUUAACAUUAUUUUCGAGUUUUAACGAUUUUCGGCAAAAGCAGUGUUAAAAAUGAAUCCUGGAGGGCCAAAUUAUCCUAUGGCAUCAUUGUAUGUUGGUGAUCUUCAUCAUGAUGUUACUGAAGCAAUGUUGUUCGAGAAAUUUUCUACAGCAGGUCCUGUUCUUUCGAUACGAGUGUGUAGGGAUAUGAUAACCAGGAGAUCUCUUGGAUAUGCCUACGUCAAUUUUCAGCAACCUGCAGAUGCGGAAAGAGCGUUGGACACCAUGAAUUUUGACAUGAUAAAAGGCCGACCCAUUCGCAUCAUGUGGUCCCAGAGAGAUCCUUCUCUGCGCAAGUCUGGGGUUGGCAAUGUGUUCAUUAAGAAUUUGGACAAAAGCAUUGACAACAAGGCCAUGUACGACACAUUUUCUGCCUUUGGUAACAUCCUCAGCUGCAAGGUUGCUCAAGAUGAAAACGGCCAGUCUAAAGGUUAUGGUUUUGUUCAUUUUGAAACUGAAGAAGCUGCCACAAAAUCUAUUGAAAAAGUGAAUGGCAUGUUGUUGAAUGGCAAGAAGGUUUUCGUAGGAAAGUUUGUGCCUCGUAAGGAACGUGAGAAGGAGCUGGGAGAAAAAGCAAAACUCUUCACAAAUGUUUAUGUAAAGAAUUUCGGAGAAGAUUUUAACGAUGAACUGCUGAAAGAAAUGUUUGAAAAGUAUGGCAGGAUUACUAGUCACAAGGUAAUGAGCAAAGACGAUGGCAAGUCUCGUGGCUUUGGUUUUGUUGCGUUUGAAGAACCCGAGGAUGCUGAGCGGGCUGUAGAUGAUUUGAAUGGAAAAGAAAUAAUAGAAGGAAAGCCGUUAUAUGUUGGCAGAGCUCAGAAGAAAGCAGAGCGUCAGCAAGAACUGAAAAGGAAGUUCGAACAAUUAAAAAUAGAAAGAUUAAACAGGUAUCAAGGUGUGAAUCUGUACGUGAAAAACCUUGAUGAUACCAUAGAUGAUGAACGGCUUCGCAAAGAAUUUGCUCCAUUUGGAACCAUCACAAGUGCCAAGGUUAUGCUGGAGGAAGGUCGCAGCAAAGGCUUUGGAUUUGUGUGCUUCUCAUCACCAGAGGAGGCAACGAAGGCUGUGACAGAGAUGAAUGGUCGUAUCGUGGGCACUAAGCCGUUGUACGUGGCGUUGGCUCAGCGCAAAGAAGAUCGCAAAGCCCACCUGGCUUCUCAGUACAUGCAGCGAGUGGCCAACAUGCGCAUGCAGCAGAUGGGCCAGCAAAUAUUCCAGCCGGGCGGCGCGGGCUACUUCAUGCCCACCAUACCACAGCCGCAGCGGUUCUACAACCCGGCCCAGAUGGCUCAGAUGCGCGCCACCCCGCGGUGGACGGCACAGCCGCAAGUUCGCCCCAGCGCCCAGGGCGGGGCGUCAGCUUUCCCCACCAUCCAGGCCCCGUUCCGCACUGCCCCGCGGGCCCCGGGCUCCCAGCCGGGCAGCAUGCGCAACGUGUCUGCUCGUCCAAUCACAGGUCAACAAACAGUUGCAUCAAACAUGCAGAAUCGUCCUAUGGGUCCUCCAGUGUCUGUUUCGGCUCAAGGAAGGCCGGCUAAUUACAAGUAUACGCCUAAUAUGCGUAAUCCGCCUCAGCAGACUAUUCCAGUGGCUCAGCAGCCACCGGUGCAACAGGCGGUUGUAAUUCAAGGCCAGGAGCCGUUGACGGCAUCCAUGCUGGCAGCUGCACCUCCCCAGGAACAGAAGCAAAUGCUUGGCGAGCGGUUGUUCCCGCUCAUUCAGCACAUGUAUCCUGAAUUGGCUGGCAAGAUUACAGGCAUGCUUCUGGAGAUUGACAACUCCGAGCUGCUCCACAUGUUGGAACACCACGAGUCACUGAAGGCCAAGGUUGAAGAAGCCGUUGCUGUUCUACAAGCUCAUCAGGCCAAGCAAGCAGCAUCUCAAGUGAAGAAAGACUAAAUUACGGCGUGCUUUACAGUCUCUAUAAUCUUCAGCAGUGUGACAGUGCUGUUGAGGUUAUCAGUAGCUGUAGGAAAUCAUUUCACCUUGAAACCCACCAGAUUACCACAAAUUUCAAGGUCAAAUAUUUUCAUUCAAAAUUCAUUGCGGCUUGGACAUUGUUUCGACACUUACUUUGAUAAAGCUGUUGUUGCAUUUUGCCAUCUUGCCAUCUUGCUAUUCUAAUCAAACUGUUAGAAAAGAUGCCAGUAUAAAUAUGGCUAACAAAAGAUAAUGGACAUUCUCUUCUGGGUUACCUACAAACAGCUUUAAUAAUCUAGUUGGUAAUAGUAAAACCACAGUAUGUCAUUAAGAAUUCAGAACAGGGAAAUUGAGGAAUAAACUUAAGAAGUAUGUUCAUUUUAAAGAAACCCUACAGAUCACAAGAAUGUGCAUAAAUAAUAUAGUAUAAAAUAUAUUAUUAACAAUAUUAUGCCAACAUAAAGGAAGUUGCAUUCAUAUGGUACACUAACUUUCGGGUAACAAGUUAUUUUAUACUUGGCCAGAAUAAGAGGACUACCAGUGAGAUUACAUGUGGUUUUAUUGUUUAGAUACCAAUUAUUUUUAGAAAAUUGCUUCCUCUCUCUAAAAUUUACAUUUAGAGCACAGACAAACAUUUAUAUCUUUAAACUAAUUAAAACAAGUAGUUAAAGAUAAUGAAUUACUUUAUUGGGAGAACAAACUAUUUUAAAAUGUACUCAUAAAACUGCCUGUUUGUCUACAGGGUUUUGUUUGCAGUAUGUCUAGGAUGUAUUUGAAUGAUGAACAUGUAUGAUUUGAUUACUUGUGGUGGUCAAGUUUUAAAGGUCAAGUAAUGUGAGAAAUUAAAAAGAAUAUAGUAGAUAGUGUGCCUUGAGAAAAUUACUUGCUGUGAAUGCACUUAAAAUUUUCUGGGCUAACUCUGACAUGUUAUUCACAGGCUGGGAGAGGAAGUAUUUUCCUUUGUGGUAUUAAGGCACUUACCAGAUAUUUUAAAAUGUUAAAUCAUUAUUUAUUAUAGUAUCCAAAUUUCAAAUGAGAUAUUUUUGCAAAGCAAAGUUUACCAAGCUACAUCUUGUCAUCUUUCUUUACAGAACACCACCAACAGCAGGAUGUUGGCCUUUAUUAGUUACCCUCUGUACCUUAAAUACCUGAAAAAUUUCCUUUAACCUGACUUUGCAUAGCGGAAUAUUUUCUGUACAAAUUUCUUGUGCAGUUUAAGUGGCCUUGAAGUUAGUGGAAUUCUGUAGGGUACAGAGAAUUCUAGUUCAAAUAGGAAGGUUGAAAAAAAAAAGUUAACUAUCAAAAAACCAUUUAAAUAAAAAAAACAGCAAAAUAUAAUAUUUAAAGGCCAUGUCACACUUAAUCUCUCUCUCAUUUGUGUAGUAAGAUUUUGUUGCAGCAAAAAUUAUUUUCCUGGGUGUUAGCAUUCUUAAAAUACUCAAUUCUCUGCCAAGUGUGUUUAUGCAUGGGAAAUAAACUAAGUACAGUGUUACCAGUUUACUUGGAAAUUGUUACACACCAACUUUUCUGUGGUUAAUAUUUUUUAAAAUUGUGUUUGUCUAAGGACUGGUCAAUUGGUAUGGAGGGGCUUCGGAGGUUUACUUCAGUUUUAGUGAUUUAAAAAAGAUUUUUUUAAAGUGUUAAAAAAAAUAGGUACCAGAAUUAUUAGAUGCCUUCAUUUUUACUGCAUAUAUAUUUGAAAUCAUUUUCAACAUCUAUGCUUAUGGUGGAUUUUUCAGAUUUGCAUAUUUUAUGUGUAUGUUUUACAGAGAUGAACCUAAAAUAUUUUUGUGGUUAUUAAUAUCUUUACUGUUAUAGUUGCAAUGAUUCAAACUCUAAAGUGGCAACAGAUCUGUCCAGACUGGAAAAAAAAAGAUAUCUUACAGUUUUGACAUGUGAAUGGAUUUCUCGUAUAGCACUUGCAGGAAACACAUCCAGUGUGCUGGUCUUGUGCAAAUGAUGAUGGACAAUCAAUAUUUUUAUACAUUUUGUAAUUUUGACUAGUAGUCAAAUGAUCGCAUCAUUGUAAAUAAAAAUGUUUAAAUGUUACUACAAAAACCACCACCAUGGGAACAAUAAUUUAUUUUUUGAAUAAAGGUACAUUAUCUCCAUAAUUUAAAAUGGAGUUUAUAAAUAACAAUAGAUAUAAUUUUCAUGUGGUGCAGCAUUGCAAAUGAGCUAAACGCUGUAAGAUAAAACUUAGUGUAAUUUAGAAUGAAAUAAGCAGUUUUUAAAUAAGAAGCUACUGGUUAAUAAGUCAUUUAAGGUAACAUUUGUGGCUUAUCCUGCAUGAAGGUAAUUACUCGUUUGUACAUAAAGCCGUGAUGGGUUUUUAUGAACUUUUUCUUAUGAGUGUAUAUUAUAAGUUAGUCUGUAUUUUUUUUUUGUUUCAUUUUAAAACAUACAAUAACUUGUAUCGAAAUGUUUUAAGAUGACCAAUUAUCGUUGAAACAAUACUUUUUUCUUUAUAAUAGAAAUCAGUGGUUAAUGUUUUUAGUCUUAGUAUUUACAGCGGGAAGUGGUUGUUAUAGCAGAACGUUUUUGAUGGAAAAAAAUGUAUUAAAAAUAAUUAUAUCAGGAUUUUAUUUAUAGGAAUGAAAUGCAUUAGAAAUAAUAAUAUAACCUUUAUAUGAAUAUGGUUAGCAAUUUUUUUUAAAAAUUUGUGUUGUACAGAACAGCUGAGGGAUUAUUACUGUGUGAGCUUGUCAAUUUAUAUCAGAUUAACUAAACAUGUUAUUACAUAGUUAAUAACUUAGUGCCCAAAAAAAUCGAAUGUUUUUUAGGUUGCCUUCACUUCCUUCUUCCAGUCGCAAUUAUUGGUCAUUAAAAGUUGUCUAGCUGUGUUUUGGAAGAAGUUAAAGUUUUGGCAGGUUCUGUGGCCACUCUAGAGAUCACUACUUUACUCAGGCAUGUACAAGUUUAUAAGUAAACUGUUAGUAAACUAUACAUAUACAGUUAAAAAAAAAAUGGUAAAAUAAUAUAAAUACAUAAAUAAUUUUUUACAUACAUUGGGAUGGGCUUAAUUUAAGUAAUGGGUUAUUGUAAAAUAAAAUUAUGUUAAUAUAACUAUUUGAAUUACUGUUGGAAAUAAUGAAAUACGAAAAUCACAGUGAGUAAAAAAUAUUUCAAUACUUUAAAUUUUUGAAGAUCGUUUAUAUCAAGCUCAGAACUUGUAGGUUGCUUCAGUGUAACUUCUGCGGGUGAUCUGUCAUUAAGUGUAAUGUUAUAAUUUGGUGAAGGUAAUUCACGUUAAAUAUUUUAAAUAUUUUUGGUAUGUAAUGACAUGAUUAUUUUAUUCAUUUCAUUAAACAUGAAUUGUAUUAUAGUUGUAUCAUUUGAGAAAAAAAUGAAUUGAAAAAAAAAAUGUGUUUUUUUUAUGGGUUUUUGUAUAUUUUGUUAACUAAAUUCAGGUGUUAAUUUUGGAAUUCUUAGUUCAGUGUCUGUGAUAGCUUUUAUCCAUAUGUAUUUUUUCAAUUUUAAAUUUAAAUAUAAUGUCUGCAUGAUUGAAUCAAGGGUGUUGAUGUAUGUUUGAGAACACAAUUACAUGCAACUUACAAAACAAA